AAUGUCAUCUUGCAGACUAGAUAGUUUUUAGUGUGCAAAAUAGUUCAUUCCAUGUUUGCUCGCUAUGAUCGCUGUUCGCUGACGUUUAAAGCAACACGUAUAGUUACAAAACGAGUUAAUAAUAAGUGAAAAACAGGUUGUGCUGAGUUAACAAGUUAACAUCGUGUAAAAAUCGUACGUUAUGACAAAAAACCUAGAAAAUGUCGAAAAACCGAUGAAAUAUCACUUUUCACGAUACGUAAUACCAGUGCCGAUAAAUGGGUAAAGGGGCAUUUAGGAUUAUGAGAAGUCUUUGUAUUAUUUCUUUAUCUACUUUAUGCUAGAAACAAAUAUUGGCGAUGUUUUCCGUAUCACACUGAUAGUUGUUGGAUUGGUCGGCCACAGAAAGACAAACGGGGCAAAAGAAACGAUUUUUUAUAAAACGAUCUCUUGGUAUCGCAACAAUUUUAGAAUACUCAUUUGCGGUGAUUUGAUCCCAGGCCUUACCAAAAUAUUCAGUAUUCGUAUCUUCACAUCUCUACUUGACAAGGCAGCGUUGGCAACGUCGCAAUACGCAGCCCCCCCAGUAUUUCUGAAAACAUGGAGGGUGGUGGAGCGUACGGUGGUGGAAAAGCUGGUGGAGCCUUCGACCCUAUCACAUUUGUUCAAAGGCCCCAUGUCAUCCUGCGGGCCGUGUGUUGGUUGUUUGCUGUAAUAGUGUUUGGAUGCAUAUCGUCACAAGGAUGGCGAUACGACAAGGUGACGAAGCGGCAACAGUGCCUGUACAACGAUGAUACGAAUGCCUGCAACUAUGGAGUGGGUAUCAGUGUUAUUGCCUUUCUGGCCAGCAUGGCCUUCCUUGCUGGUGAAUACCUCUUUGAACAGAUGUCAUCUGUCAAGACUCGGAAACACUUUGUUAUGGUUGACCUAGGCUUCUCAGCAUUUUGGUCAUUCCUGUAUUUCGUUGGAUUCUGUUACUUGACAAACGCAUGGGGCAAGUCAGUAACACCACCAGAUGGAGUCGGAGUCAGCAACGUACGAGCUGCCAUUGCUUUUUGUUUCUUCGCCAUGUUUGGAUGGGCGGGAUCUGCUUUCUUGGCGUACCAACGUUUCCGUCAAGGUGUAGACGCAGCUUUUGCUACAAACUAUGAAGCAGACUCUAACAUGCAAGCUUCCUAUCCUUCAUAUCCAGGUGCCACAGAUACCAUGGAGCAACAGUACCAGGAACCACCGUUUUCGGGCGGUACCAACCAAAGAGAAUUAUCUUUGAUUUUCACCGAUGGUGAUAGAAUCAACACAUCCUGAGUUAUUGUUACAUUUUGCGACAGAGCUGAGGUAGGAAAAUGUAAAAAAUAACGUUACGCAAUACAAAUUAUAACUGCCUGUGUGUACGCAGGUGGAAGCCAUUUCAAAUCAGGACGAUACUCGCCUACUAACCAAAAUCGCUCAACUAUGAUCAUGGAGAUGGAAACCUUGCCUUGGAAUGUACAAGAUGCGGUGUUAUCAAACGAAAAAAUGAUGCAAUGUUGAAGAAUUUGUAACGAUCCUGAGCUUUCAUUUCGACCUAAAAUGGAGCGCCGUUAGGACCCAUCGGGAAUCAAUCCUAAACAGAUUCGACAGAAUUCAUAAAUGUGUAUGCUUAAAAUAAAACCAUUAUUUGGCGAAAAGAAUAAAGUAACGUACAUUCAAGGAACUACAUAUUGGCAACGUGCAGAUUGCUACGUCAACGUUGCUAGGCCAUGCGGUGAUGAGCUUCGCUAUCCAGGCAGCUUCUAUCUCUUUUUAACAUAUCUGUCUAAUACACACUUCUCUCUCGUACACAUUGAACUCAAAUCGUUAGACAACUUUAGUUUUCAGUGCAUAUGUGGUUUUGAUUCGAACAAACAAUGGAGUUAUAUGAACAUGAAAACCACAGGUUAAGUUUCAAGGAUGUUAUGUGUAUGGAGUUUGCAGGUGGUCCCGAGAUUUGAAUUACUCACUCUCACUAUGAGCGUUUCAGCGAUUCGUAUAAGUACGAGUGAAUGCGUUACAAAAUACUUCUUUUGUAGGGCCUACAGGUGAUUUCCAAGCUCUGGCAUAUUAACAGCAUUAUCCCAUUUUCGCCGAAAAAGAAAACUGAUUAGUGCAUCAUCCCCAAGAUUAUGAACCCAAGUUAUUUUCGACCAGUUGGCAUGCGAAGAGAUUUUAUGUACUUAGACAUUCGACACCUUAAUAAAUAAGGCGACGAUUGUAGAGGUCCUUUGAGAUUUUGAGACAAAACGUUGAAAACUUUCAUCUUGACGUAAUAUACUAUUUUUCUUACAUUCUACCAUUUAACCAUAAUUCGUCUUCUGCCAUUUUUGACAAUUUUUAAGGCUAUUUUUGGUUGCAGAAAAAAUAAAUACUACCAUUAUGUUCUUCAUAAAUAAGCUAGGAAUAUAUUGUAUUCCUUAUGGAUUUCAUGAAAAUAUUUGAUAAUCCAUAUAUGUGCUGAUAGUAUGUGCAUGAAAAAGUUGAAAAAUGUUUGAAAAAUAGUAUUUUUUGGACAGUCUUUCAAGAUAUACAUAUGCAGAGUCUCACGACCGAGGCGAUGGAGAAUAUAAAUAUGUAGUUAUACAUAAAUGUUCGAUUUAUUUUUAGUAUGAUGAAACUCAGUGUACAGUUUUAAUCGAUAUCAUCGUUUUAGACGUUUGACGGCUUUUUAUAUCAUUUUAUGUCCCCUGUAGCGCAGUGAUGGAGAUCAAAUGAUUGUUUCCUUAGUAGGAAUGUUACUAUGUAACGUAGUUGUUUUUUGUUCCAUUUUGCCUAUUUUUUGUUUUAUAGAGGCAAACGUGUGGCUAGAUUUUAGUAUUGAAUGAAGAAUACAUAUGCGUAGUAUUAUGAUAAGGCAGGAUGUGUACCGAGUUUGAAGAUAUUGUUCAGUAGAAGUCAGACCUAAAUUGCAGCACAUUUUUAGCAUAAUUUGGGUCGUCUCAUUUCCCCAAUUGUGAAAAUGAUUAUUAGGUUGAAAAAUACAGUGCUGAGAGAAAGUUGGUACCUUUGUGGGUACCUUCAUUUCCAAACUAAUUCAAUGUUUCUGUGUUGUUUUUAUUUGUAGUGCUUGGAGAGGGUGAUAAUUAUUUUCCCAGAGGUUUAUCAACAUUUUCUGAUAUGAAUUCGGAAAAAUACAAUUCAACUUAAUUUAUUGGCCAAAUUUGAUCACAAGAGAAAAAAUCGAAAAAUUGGACCUUGUGACUAGUCAUUAACAUUGGUAAUAUGUUUACUGUGUAAAUAGGUGUGAUGUUACCAUAUUUUGAUGAGUAUGGCAUAAAACUAUAUAGCUUUCUACAUAAUUGUGUCUGGCGAAGAACCGGUCUUACGUACACAUCCAUUAUUACAUUAGAAUAUUAGAAUCUUAAGUCAUACUUCAAAUAUACAUGAUUUAUUUAUUGAUAUUUAUUAGCAAUAAAUUAUUAUUUUGAUCACAUUGGGUCGUUUCUUGUUAAAAUUAACAGCAUAUUUGAUUUUGAUCAUUUGAACAGAAGUGACAAUAAACAUGGCGGCUAAAUAUUAUUUUGAAAAAAACAACAAGGAAAUGCAGAACAGCUAACUAAGGUAAAGCACAAUUCUGUAAAUAUAUAUUUUUCGGAAAUGGCAACUCUGAGUCUCUUUUGCCAUCUAACAAUAAAAUUUCACAGCAAAUCAUACCAUAUAUUUUACAAAAAAGGUUGUAAAGCAAUCUCGUGUACCCUGGUGGUAUCUGCACGAAGUGGUAAAAGAGGCUUGAAAACUUGCCGAAUAUUGAAACUAUAUAGCUUGUUGAAAAUGUUUAUCGUGAUAGUAUUAAACUUAGCAAUAAACAGGUUUUUAGAUAUUCCAUUGGUUCAUAUUGCAGCUUUACAUUUUCAUUCUGUCAUACGGAUGUGUUUUUAUUCAUACAAUGCUGAAAAUGUGAUUUUAUUUUAAGGAUAUAUUUUAGAUGUAAAAAGAAGUAUUAUGUGUAUUACUUAUGUUACCAAUAAAUGUUGAUAUUUAAUAAAAUGCGUAUCUUUCAUUACUCUACGCCUGAAUGUCUUAGAAUCUAAGCCUGGUCAUAGUAACAAAAAGUGGCUUCAUGUAGGUUGACUCUGCACUUCCUAUGUAAUGACGUCAUCAGUUCAUAAAGGAAUAUGUUUGGUACAAGUUGGCCUCUGAGAAAAUUUUUAUCUCAUAUAACUAAAAUUGCAUAGUUAGCAAGUUUUUCUGUACAAUGAAAUGCGAAAGGCUUUUGCGGCUAUCAUCCAAUAUUAAUUGGUUGGUUUUUGGGUUGUUAGGCCGUCGUAAAACAUUUUUAUUGGACGUUUCGCCAACACGAGAGGUUGGCAUCUUCAGAAGAUGUUGACAGGACUCCAAACUGUGAAUAUCUGAAAAUGCCAACCACUCGUGUUAGCGAAACGCCAAGUAAAAAUGUUUCACGACGACCUAACAACCAAAUAAUAUUUUCUCUACAAUUUUGAGGCUCCGUAGGAUUUGUCUUUUUGAGAAAAUAUGCAAACCCUUGCUCUUCAAAAAGUUUUGGAGGUAGGUACGCUUUCACACAAAGUUAUCUCUUGCCGAUGGUUGGCGCUCCCCCUUCUGCUUCACACACAUCGAAAGAACUGCGAAAUAUUUCUCCCUCAUUCUAAGUGUUAAGGAUAAAUAUACUGGGAAAUCUAUGAUAAUUCAAAUAUGUCUAAUAGGUGCGUAGAAUUACCGCGGCCGGAGACAGGAUCCUCUGAAACGUCAAAAACGAAGUUUGAGAGAUUUUUACAUUUUCACUUUUCUGCCUUAACUCCUCUGCCACUGGAUUGAUUUUUAAAAACUAUUAAGCUUUUUCGACCUUGUGUGGAAAUUUCAUCAAAAUCCGACUUUCCAAAUUAUAGCAUGGUCAAGGAUUAGCGCACAGACAGGCUGACGGAAAUGAGUGACAUGGUUUCUAGUGCUGUACAUCUGAUAUAUAAAAAACAAUAGCUCAUUCUCUAAAAUUUUCGCGAUUAAAAUACUCCGUCGCCAGUGGUGUAGGAAGUAAAAUAAACUAACAAAAAGACCAGAGAGUCUAAAAUGGCGUCUAAUGGCAUACGUUAUGUUGAAAUAAGCUUGAUGGCCAUUUAUGCUAAACAUAAUUUUUCAACCGUGAACCAAUAAAUUAUAGAAUCACGGCGAGAACACUCGAGCCGCGUGAAUGUGAUCUGCUGCUCGCCCGUUCUCCGAUCGGUGGCGGUAUUUUCGCCCGAGUCAAAGGGUGUCUCGGGUGAGCAGUGUUACCAGGUCUACCGAUUUCUCGGUAUAUCUACCGAUUUUGGUCCUGGUCUACCGAACUACCGAUUUUAAAGCAAAAUCUACCGAAAAGUGGACUUUCCUUUCAAUUGAAUAAUUUUAGUACUAUUAUUAUUCGUACUAGACCAGAUAUAUUUUUAUUCUCUUUGCCUGACAUUGGUGUGCCACAUACGCUGAUUCUUCGCAUCUGGGGAAUCACCGAAGAUACUCGA